AUGCGGCCAGCCCAUGUUCCACCACUCCAACUGCGGAUCUCGGGCAGUCCCGGGCGUCUCAAACUCGUCCCAACCGCGGUGGCGCUCGUUUGGCUGAGACGACACCUGGACAAGAGGCACAACAAGGAAAAGCACCGGCAGGACGGGGACAGGAAACAAGGGGAUGGUGACGCUGAGGCUGCUGGACAGGAGGAGCGGUUGGGAGCGGAGGGUGCGCUGGCAAAACCGACGGCGGUAGAGGAGGUGCAGGAGGAAGGACAGGCGUCAGCUGUAUCUGAAGGGAGGCGAGCACAGGCUGAGCCAGCGCUUGCGGUGGCUGAGGCGCCAGGGGAGGAGCUUACGGUGGAGGAGGCGCCGCCGGCGCUGGCAGCGGCGGAGGAACCUGCCGAGGGGGGGGAAAUGGCCUCGGCCGCCAAUGCUGAUGGCGGGGAUGCCGGGGAUGACGGAAGGGCUGACCCCGCGGGCGAAGGUAGUACGGCGUUCGACCAGGUGGCGGGUGAUACACGGGGCUUCGGGAUUCCGGGGAGGAACGCCGACCACGCCCCGAUCCGCCGCUCGAUUCGAAUUCAACCAAGUCCGCGGUGGCUCGGAGCAGGGCUGGCACCUGGCCUCCCUGGCCCCCUUCGGGGGUGGGAGUGCCAGACCUACACACCACGACCUCACAGCGAGGGGCCUUCACGGCCUUACCCGUCAUCGGCGGAAGCGGAGGAGGAGGGAGCGGCCGAGCUGCCAGCAGAGGAGGAAGUUUUGCGGCUGCUACAAGUGCGGCAGGAGGGCGCGAGGAAGGGCACGAGGCCGAGCUCGGGGGCGCACAGGGGCGCGGGGAUGGGGGGAACGGGGAGUGGCAGUCAACGCGCGGGAACGAAUCAGAUCCGGACCAUGGCGGGAAAGGCACGGGAGGCCAGAGUGGUGCCAGAGGAGGGGAUUGCUAAUAGGCCAGCCACUGCUAACAACGACGAGGAGGAGGCCUAUGUGGCAUCGGAGGAAGGAGAAUUGGAAGAGGUCUCACCGGAAGAUGAGCCUAGGGUGGCUAACCACCACGGGAACGCCCGAUCUGGGGGAUCACGAAGGGGAGGAAAUUGGAGGGCAUGA